AUCCUUUUGUUUCCCUUUUUCUUUUCAAUUCACUCAAGAACAAUACUAGCAAAUGCCUGGUCGCGGAAGAAAAGGAAGCUCUAAUAGAGGUAGAGGUGGCCAUAGUCGUGGCAGAGGUCGUGGAAGUUUCGGAGGUGGCGGAAGAGGCCGUAACAGAAACCUUGUUCCUUCUACAAUGGGUUAUCUUUAUCAACCUCAGUCUAAUAUCAGUGACUUUGACGACGACUUCCGAGUUUAUGCCCAGUUUGGUAGUGAAGAGUCAAGUGAGGACGAAACAGCCUUUCCAAAGCACAACAAGAAAAAAAACAAGAAGACAGCAAAGUUUAGAAAGGAACCUCGUCCUCCUAUCGAGUAUGAUUAUGAUGGCUUAGAGAACAAUCGUUUUGGACUGGGCGCUUCUUCUUCUUCGUCCUCCGCAGCAAAUUCAAGACAAUCUGAACAAUUUGCAAAGGGGAAAUCCAAAUACUUGAAAAAGGUUUUAUUUACUAAAUCUUCUUCCUCUGUUGAUUUAAGCAAAGCAAGCGAAACGAUUGUUGUUCAAGAACAAGUGACAGAGUCCUUAUCUAGUUUGACAUUGGAAGAUGCAAAAAACGAGAAAGAAGCAACCAAACAAGGAUUGUGGAAUAUGCUCAAACUUGACAAGAAACCUUCUGUCAUCGAGACAUUUGAUUAUGCAAAACUUGAGAUGGCAUCAAACGAACCUCAACAUCAGAAGGUGACAUUGGUUGAAAAUGAACUUGAUUCAUCCGAUGGCGAAGAAGACGGCGCAGCAAGAGUUUGUAUCGAGUCUGAAGACACAGAAGAUGACUUUGAGGAUGGUGAGGAUUUUGAUGAGGAGUUUGAUGAGGAUGAAGAAUUGAAUGAAGAAGAUAUGCUUAUCAUGCAGGACUAUCUCGAGAAUAUUGAACUAGAAGAAGGUGAAGAUUUAAACGAAUUACUGGCUCAAAGUUUGUUACAAAAUGGCACUUUUGACUAUGAGUCCGAAGAUCUGUACAAUUACGACACUUUAGAUGAUCCAGCCGCAGCACAAGACAGUCCAAAUGAUUUUGAUAUUGAAGUGGAAGAAGCAGUCAUCAUCAAAUCCAUCAAAAAAAAUAAACCAACAUCAAAGGUGGAUGAAAGCGUUCGCAAGAAAAAGAGUCAUCGUACUCGAGAUGAUGAAGCCAUUGUUGAUCCUGAGAUAUUUGGGCAAUCACUUAAGGCUGCUUUGGCUGAUGUUCCUCCUGGAUUAAAGCCAGGUAUGAGACGAUGGAUGGAAAAACAAGAACGUAGAGAGAACCGCAAGCAAAAGAAAGCAGAAGCUAAAGCUCAUAAAAAAGAAAAGCAAAAGAAGAAUAACAACAAAGGAAAGGGCAAGGAAGUAGUUCCUCAAGACAUCUCCAACGAAAUGCUAAAGAUAGACUCUCGGCUUUGUGAAUUUGUGGAGGAUUCAACUAUUACUAGCUUUCAAUUUGCCCCUAUGGAGACUCAUAUUAGACGUCAAUUACAUGUGCUUGCUGCGGUCUACAACUUAAAGUCUAUAAGCGUUGGUGCUGGUAACGCAAGAUGUACAGUUGUGUCAAAGACGCCUAUGACUUCUAUACCCCGAGAUAGACGCUACAUUAACCGCUUCUUAUCAGACAUACAGAACAACAUGAAUGAGCAGAACAGAAUCAUUGGAAAGAAUCGUAUGAAAGAGGCUAAAGGAAAAAAGAAGGGCGGCAGCAACAAAAACAGUGGCUCUUCUACACCUCGAGAAAAACGUGGUCCAUCUUCUACUGGUCCUUCUCAUGGAACAGUGGUCGGCUCUGAUGCUGCUCCUAUUGGUGAAUCCAAUAUUGGCCAUCGCAUGCUGGCUGCUAUGGGGUGGAGACAAGGUGAAGCAUUAGGAUCUAAUAGUGAAGGUAUUCUUGCACCUAUUGAAGCGGUUAUUCGCAAAAAGGGUAGAGGUCUUGGAUCUUAAUAAAGCUUAAGCCCAUAAUUGCUUUCCCAAUUUACGCUUCUCUGCUUUGGUAUGUUGUAAUUCUACUCGUCUCUCUUCCUUGUCGGCAACCAUGAGUGCUCUUGCAAUCUUUUUCUGUUUCUUUGCAUUAGCUCCUUUCUUAGUUGUUGCUUUUUUCACUUUGUGCACUGUGGGGGCUUUAACAUUGAUGGCUUGUUUACGCACAUGCAGUAACUUCAAUUCUUGCUCAAUACGUUCCUUUGCUAUAAAAAAUAAGUGUCAAAAAGAGAGUUUAGGCGAUAAUAAAGACAUACCGUUCUUGGGAUCGUGCUCGGCGUUGGCCCACUUUGAGGUGCUCUUUUUCUUUUCUGUUUCUUUCUUCUGUAGUUUUCCCAUUGUUU